AAAGAGGACAGCUCAGCAAAUCAGCCUAGUAGCAUUCCUCUCACAGCUGCAGUGAUCCAGGCUGGGAGGGGAAGUUUAGCUCACCAGGAGAAAGAGAAUUAAAAAAAAACAAAACAAACAAGAAAUUGUGGUCUUUUUUUCUGCGUGAAGAAAUCAGAGGGCUCCCUGGAGAGGAAAGGGAACAAGAAGAAAGAGGAAUCACAGAGCUUCUGCAGCCUCCGUGUGUCCUGCAGGAGAAGAUGGAUUCAGACUCCGGAGAGCAGAGUGACGGAGACCUCUCUCCAGGACAGGAGAGCUUUAACUCACGCUCCCUGGCCAUGCAGGCCCAGAAGAAGAUCCUGAGUAAGAUGGCGACCAUGGUGGUGGCCAACAUGCUGACAGACGACACCAGCAGUGAGAUCUUGGAUGAGCUCUACAAGGCGAGCCGGGAGUUCACCAAGAGCAAGAAGGAGGCCCACAAGAUCAUCAAGGAUGUCAUCAAGAUCGCCCUGAAGAUCGGCAUCCUCUACCGCAACCACCAGUUCAGCCCAGACGAGCUGGACACAGUGGAGCGCUUCAAGAAGAAGAUGAAUCAGGCGGCCAUGACAGCGGUGUCAUUCUACGAGGUGGAGUACACCUUUGACAGGAAUAUUCUGUCAGAGCUCCUGCUGGAGUGCAGGGACCUGCUUCACACCCUGGUUGAGCAGCACCUGACCGCACGCUCACAUGCACGCAUUGAUCACGUUUUCAACCAUUUUGCCCAUGGGGAGUUCCUGGCUGAGCUGUACGGGGACGGAGAGGAGUACAGACUCUCUCUGAGAAAGAUCUGCAACGGCAUCAACAAACUGCUGGACGAAGGAACGCUUUAACCUUUCACAUCUGACCUCUUUCACCUCUAGCUCUUUCUCCCCUUGCCCCUUCUCUUGCUGGUGUCUCCUGCCUCCUCCUGUUUCCUUUUCAACUGCUCACCCCUGACCACUCGCGUCCUCUCCUUUCUUUUUCCCCUCGUCUUCUUGUUUCUUCUACAUCCAUUUCCAUGGAGCUAGUUGUAACAUCCUGCUGCUGUGGUUCAAUGAGGGAUUUUUUUUUAGACUGUCUUUCGACUCAGUGGAUCAUUGCUGCACACUGGGACAGCCUGUAUCAUGUUGUAUGCAUUCAAGCAUUCUAAGUCAUUCCCUUUGUGUGCAAAAGUGUACUGUACCAAUGGCCAAAAAACAUGCAUUAAGUAUAUUUGGAUAUGGAAGAUAAUCAGUAGUAGUAAUCAGUCUCUCUCUUUGUGUGUGUGCAUGUAGGUGUGUGUGUGUGUGUGUGUGUGUGUGUGUGUGUGUGUGUGUGUGUGUGUGUGUGUGUGUGUGCGCGUGUGCAUGUGUUUGUUUUGGGAUUUGCUUGAAUUGUGUGUUUGUACAUAAGACCAACUAUGACA